AUGGAUCGCAACGGACCUGGCCAUGGCAUUCCGCCGGCCAAGCGACAAAGGACGGGCAACUCUUCAUAUGACCAUGAUCAAAUGUGGCACCGCGAGCAGCUGGUCAAGUCUGGUCUUGCCCAGCAGACCGGAGUCCAACAUGCGCACUAUCUUGCUGAAGAUCAAGAAGAUACUCGAGUCCAUUUGAGUGUUCAUGAGCUGCGACCUCCUUUUCUCGAUGGCCGCACAAUCUUUACUACGCAACUGGAGCCAAUCUCUGCGAUUCGCGAUCCCCAGAGUGACAUGGCCGUGUUCAGUCGCAAGGGAAGCAAGGUUGUACGAGAACGUCGGCAGCAGAGGGAACGUCAGAAGCAGGCACAGGAUGCAACGACAAUGGCGGGUACGACUUUGGGCAAUAUAAUGGGGGUCAAGGAAGAGGAAGAGGGUGACAGUGCGAUGGCAGCUCCCGUCGAGGAGGUCUACAAGCGCGGAGGGAACAAAUUCGCCCAACAUCUCAAGAAGGAGGGAGGCGGCUCUAGUGCAUUCAGCAAUAGUAAGACUUUGCGCGAGCAGAGAGAGUACCUGCCUGCCUUUGCCGUGCGUGAAGACCUCCUGCGAGUGAUCCGGGACAAUCAAGUCACGAUAGUUGUGGGCGAGACUGGCUCGGGCAAGACGACGCAAUUGACCCAAUUUCUCCAUGAAGACGGAUACUCCAAAUUUGGCAUGAUAGGUUGCACGCAACCCCGUCGUGUGGCAGCCAUGAGUGUCGCGAAGCGGGUCAGUGAAGAAAUGGAGGUUGAUCUCGGUGAUCUGGUCGGAUAUGCCAUUCGAUUUGAAGAUUGCACCAGUGACAAAACGGUUAUUAAGUAUAUGACGGAUGGAGUCCUACUUCGAGAAUCCCUGGCUCAAGCCGACCUGGAGAAGUACUCGUGCAUCAUCAUGGACGAAGCGCACGAGAGAGGUUUGAACACGGAUGUGCUCAUGGGACUUUUGAAGAAGGUCCUUGCUCGACGCAGAGACUUGAAACUGAUCGUCACGUCGGCCACGAUGAAUGCAGAGCGUUUCUCCCGCUUUUUCGGCGGAGCGCCAGAGUUCAUCAUUCCCGGCAGAACAUUUCCCGUCGACGUUCACUUCUCUCGAUCACCUUGUGAAGAUUAUGUCGACAGCGCGGUCAAGCAGGUUUUGACUAUUCAUGUCUCACAGGGGCCAGGCGAUAUCCUUGUUUUCAUGACCGGACAAGAGGACAUUGAGGCAACAUGCGAACUCGUCGAGGAACGACUGCAGCUCCUGAAUGAUCCUCCCAAACUCAGCAUUCUACCGAUUUAUAGUCAAUUGCCGGCAGAGCAACAGGCCAAGGUUUUUGAAAAAGCAGACAAAGGAGUCCGCAAAGUUAUCGUGGCGACCAAUAUUGCCGAGACAAGUUUAACCAUUGACGGAAUCAUGUACGUUGUGGAUCCGGGCUACUCGAAGCUCAAGACAUACAACCCCAAAAUGGGCAUGGACAGCCUUCAAAUCACCCCGAUAUCUCAAGCGAACGCCAACCAGCGAUCUGGCCGCGCCGGACGCACGGGUCCUGGAAAAGCUUACCGCUUGUAUACCGAGGCCGCGUACAAGAACGAGCUCUAUAUUCAGACUAUUCCGGAGAUCCAGCGCACCAGCUUGGCCAAUACAGUCCUCCUGCUCAAAUCACUCGGCGUCAAGGAUCUUUUGGAAUUUGAUUUCAUGGACCCUCCAUCACAAGAAGUGAUGUCUACUUCGCUAUUCGAACUGUGGGCUCUCGGAGCACUGGACAACCUGGGAGAACUAACACAACUCGGGCGUCGCAUGACGCCAUUCCCCGCCGACCCAGCUCUAGCUAAACUUAUCAUCAUGGCCGCAGAGGUCUACGGCUGUAGCGAGGAGAUGCUCACCAUCGUAUCCAUGCUGACCGUACCGCACGUGUUCUAUCGUCCUCGGGAGCGCGAAGAGGAGGCCGAUUCUGCCCAUGAGAAAUUCUACGUUCAUGAGUCUGACCAUCUGACGCUCCUCCACGUCUUCACCCAAUGGAAGGCGAACGGCUGCUCCGAUCGCUGGUGCACCCGUCACUUCCUUCAUUCCAAAAAUUUGCGGCAGGCCAGGGAAGUCCGUGAUCAAUUCCAGGAUAUCAUGACCCAACAGAGAAUGCCGCUUGUCAGCUGCGGGACCGACUGGGACGUGAUCCGCAAAUGCAUUUGCUCCGGCUUCUACCAUCAAGCUGCGCGCCGUGGCGGUGGUAGCGGUUCUGAAAAGGAAUAUCUCAAUCUGCGUACCAGUGUCUCAAUGUAUCUAUCAAGAUCGAGCGCUUUAUCCGGACUGGCCGAUGCCCCACCCUUUGUCGUCUACCAUGAGUUGAGGUUGACCGCACGAGAGUACAUGUCCGUUGUGACAGCCGUCGAUCCCGAGUGGCUCGCCGAUCUCGGUGGUGUGUUCUACUCCAUGAAAGAAAAGGGGUAUUCGCAGCGCGAUCGUCGCACCAAAGAGCGCGAGAUCAAUAAAAGCAUGCAGAUUCAGCAAGAGAUGGCAGAUGCUCGGGCCAUGGCUGCCAGGGCCAAAGAGGCCGAGAAGACCCUCGAUACUGCCCGACGCAGGAAUGAAGUCGAGGUUGGCGGAGCACGAUCUGCCGUGCGUCGGCCGGUGGUCAUCCCCGGGGGAAAGAGACAGCUUCCAGGUAGUGUGAGUGCCUCGUCAUCUGCGUCUUCCCGACCUGGAGCUGGCACGGGCGGUUCCACAAGCAGUGUGGUGAAGAAGCCCAUUGGGAGGAGGCGGCCAGGACAGUUCUGA